CAUUGCCAAGCCUAGCGUCGCAGAGAGCAGUCAGCCAGUCGUGUCUCUAUCCGAGGCCGGAUGGUAAAAUCCAACCUCCAGCGGAUCCUAAACAGUCAUUGCUUUGCUCGCGAGAAGGAAGGAAAACAGCAACCCUUUACUACCAUGGCGGAUUUAAGUAGUAGUGAUAUCUGUGACAUGAUUGGGAACCUGUCCCUGCUCUGUAGUAGUACCCGUGGCCCGGGGCCUCUGUGGUGCUCCGAUGCCCCUCUCCCACCCCUGAAGAUCCCAGGUGGGCGAGGGAAUGGCACACGGGAUCACGCUCCUUCAGUUCGGCAGCUCUACACAGACCGAAAGUUGACGGUAACAGAGGAGCCUGCUGGUAAUGGACGUCCUAGGAUGCUCCACUUCCAAAGUCGUCCCACAGUUGCAAAGACAAUACAGUGGGACGCUGUCCUGAGCAGCAGCGCGCUCUAUGUGGAGAUACCUCGAGACCCUCUUCCUGAAGGCAGUAAGGAGAGUUUUGCAGCUCUCCUGGAGUUUGCUGAAGAACAUCUGAAAGUUGUUAGCGUGUUUGUCUGCUUUUACAAGAACAGAGAUGAUCGUGCUAAAUUGGUGCGUACCUUCAGUUUCUUGGGUUUUGAGAUUGUGAAACCAGGCCAUGCCCUCGUCCCACCUCGACCUGAUGUUUUCUUCAUGGCCUACAACUUUGACAGGGACUCCUCGGAUGAUGAGUAGCCCUCCAGACUUCACCACCAGUUAAUUUGUAGUUUUCUCCUCCCAUCAUGUUUUGUUUGCUUUAGUUUUAUACAGCUCCAGCUUACCAACACAGCUACUGUCACAUACAGUACACACGUGCUCACCUCCCCAUGCUUUGUGUUCAAGGGAAUAAAGCAUCUCAUUUGUAGCAUUUAUAUUUGUGUGUUAAACUGUUUUCACAGAUUUAUUGGUGUCACAUAAAAUGGAGGGAUUUUUAUGUAGAAGUUAUAAAUAGUUGGGCUCUAUUAUACAUGCAUAUUUUCCAGUAAAAUCAGUUGUUUUCUUUCAUGGCAGGUUUAAGGUGGGGGAUUUUUUUAUUUCUUGAAUGUUCAAAUAAAAUGUCACCAGGUUUACACUCUGGUACAACCAGCUUUGGCUGAGCAGUAGUAUUUAAAUUUCAACAUUUUAUCUCUGGACUAAGUUACAAAUUAUAGGGACCAGUUUUUGUCAUUACCCUAGCUUUAGUUCUGCUUCAUGAGCAACCACUUAAAUAGCUGGUGCUUUCUAGCUGCAAACUGUUUCUAUUAGAAAUGGGAGUGAAAAGCUGAAUGCUAAUGCAUGUAUUUGUAGAUGGUUCCAAGGUUAAACAUCUCAAGAGGGUAAUGAAACUAAGAAAGGGAAGUGGAAAAAUCCAAAGUGCAUUUUUGCUUCUUUCUGCCAUGUGUACCUGAAGAUAUUGUAGUUUUGAAGGUUGAAAUAAAAUCUGCGGUAUUGUUGAAUUUUCAUUGGAUUAGCAUUCCUUUAAACCUUUAAUUUCCAUGAUAGUACUGAAUAUGUUCACCUGUAUAGUGGUACCUGUUGUGCUUCUGUGAUAAUAAAAAAGAAAAAUAAAUAUU